AUUAUGACAACUGGCAAAAUUGACAGAUUAUAUUCGAAUAACAAAUACAAACAGUUUCUAAAUUAUGUUUUAUUCUAAAUAAUUACUUAUUUAAGAGUCUAUUUUGAUAGAUAUUAAUUUCUAAUAACAUGGAUCCACCACUUUCAUUGAAGUUGGCUUCUAUGAGCCUAAUAUCACAACGCAAAUUAGAGAAUAUCCUUGCAUUGUGUGGCGAUAAAAAGGAUCUCAUAAUAGACCCAAUUCUUAUUAAACCAUUGGAAAGAAUAUGUGGUGUGGGUUGGCUUAGGCAACAUGGAAUUGACAAGAUCUACAAAAUGGACCCCCAGUUGGGUACAACAGCUAACAUUAACAGAGUCUAUUUCAUACCAGCCAGCAUUCAGAAAUACAAAUGUGUUUUAGACCAGAUCUCAUCACUGAUAAGUCAAAAUGCUUCGUUGUCAGAUUUGGAAUGUUUUCACAUAAUAAUUGUACCAAAAUUUAUUUGUUCUUAUGACUCUAUACUUGAGAGCAGGGGUUUGUAUGGCAUUGUUAAGUUACAUUCUUUUUCAUGGGAGUUAAUGGUAUUAGAUGAGCAGCUUAUGAGUUUAGAAUUGCCAUUUUUAUAUAAGCAAUUGUUUGUCGAACAAAAUCAUUCAUUGUUAUCGAGUAUUGCCAUGUCAAUAUGGAGUUUAUUUCAUGUCAUCGGUAAACCAAAGAUAUUAUUUUCUGUGGGCAAACUUUCAGCAAGUGUUUUAGAUAUAUUACAAGUUUACAAUGAGACUUAUGCAAGAGAUUUUAUAAAUAAUGAUAGUUCACAAGAAAUAGGCGCUUUAAUAUUGAUAGAUAGAAAUCAGGAUUAUCCAUCAAGUUUAUUAACGCCAGCAACAUACAGUGGUUUGUUGAGUGAGCUUUUCAAUAUAAAUUGUGGUCAUUUAGAUCUUAAUGUGAAAGAAACAAUACAGAAAAAAGGAAAAAUGGAUUUUGGUUUUAAGGAAGAAGAUGUUGCUAGCAAGACCAAAAACACAGUGAUGACAUUAGAUAGUUCAAUAGAUAGCCUCUAUGGAGAGAUAAAACACAGACAUUUCUCAGAAGUUCUAAGUGUGUUGAGUUCGAAAGCAAAGCUGUUGAAAAAUGAAGAUAUCAAAGCAUUAGGCAUACAAGAAAUGAAGCACUAUGUCACAACAAAACUGCAACAUGUUGCAUUAUUUAAACAAAAUCUAGUCAACCAUGUAUUAGCUUGCGAAACAAUAAUAUCAGAUAUGAGUAAAAAAUUCGAAAAUCUAAAGUGUACUGAAACAGAAAUGUUAAAUAAUCGAAAUAAAAAGUCAAAUUUUACAUUUGUUGAUGAGAAUUUUGGUACUGAUAUACAUAUUUAUAAUAGUUUGCGGCUAAUGUGUCUUCUUAGUUUGACUCAGGGUUUGUCUUAUGAUGAAUACAAUUCCCUUGUUAGUAAAUAUUUGAUUGCUUUUGGAUACAAGUAUCUCUAUGUGUUCCAUAAUUUGGUUAAUGCUGGCUUGUUGGUACAACCCUCUAGUCCUAAACUUUCCCUUAGUAUUUCCAAUUUAAGUGACAGGCUACCUAAAUGGCAAAGUGGGUUUCAAGUGACCGCCAAUAAAUUGAAGCAGCUGCCUCCUCAGCCAGAUAAGGUUAGCAAGUCAUCUCCGAGUUAUGUCUUCAAUGGUGGAUAUGUUCCACUCACUGCAGUUAUAUGUAACACAGUUUUAACAUCGGAAUCUCUAGCUGAAAUUUUCACUAAAUUAUCAGCAUUGCCAGACCUGAGAGUUGGUGGGGAUAUUCUUGAAAAAUUCAGCAAUGGGAUGGAGACAUUGAAUCAGAAAUUAUCAGACUUAAAACUACAAAGUGACUUGGAGUAUGGGUGCAAAGAUGCCAAGGGGUUGGCAAAGUUAUUGAAGAGUGAGCCUAAUAUUGGUAACAUAUUUCCUCUAAAACCUAAAAGUGUAUUUGUGUACAUGAUUGGUGGUGUAAAUUAUGCUGAAAUAGCUGCCUGUGAUCUCGUACAGAUUUCAACUGGAAGCAAAAUAUAUAUAGCCAGUGACUGUGUGGCAAGUGGCAGAGAUUUGUUGGUAGCCAACACAUGAAUAUCAUAGAAACAAGUACAGGGAUUAAGAUCUGUUAAUACAUUUUCAAAAUGUAUAUAUUUUUUUUUUUUUUUACAACACAGAUGGCAAACGAGCAUGCGGCUCACCUGAUGGUAAGUGACUACCGCCGCCCCUGGUCACCCACAACACCUACGGCAUUGCAGGUGUGCUGCCGUAUGUGUUAUUAUGUGUGUAAAAUAUUAAAUAAACUCUCCUAUAUUAUUAUACUCAUAAAUGUGAAAGUCUGUAAAGAUGUAUGUUGUUAUGUAUAUGUUAAUCAUGCUUAAACAAUUGUAUAUGUUAUUAAUUUUUAUUUAACGCAGUAAGAUAAUGUUCAAGAAUCUUUUUUAUAUAUUUUAAAAUUUUAUCAAUUUCUAUUCAUAUUCAAAAAAUUUAAAUAGAUUUUUUUAUAAGCUUUUUUAAAUCACUAUCUUUUUAAAUUGUAUUGUUGAGUUUAAAAUGUUGUUAUUUGCUGAGAAGAACCCACAAGUAGCUCAACAGUUACUCUUUUAAAUCUUAGUUAACUUAAUAUUUGUAUUAAUGUAAUGACAUGGUCAUUUAGCCCGUUCAUAAAAGUCACUAUGAAAUAUCUCGAUGUUGCUAGAAUUGUCAAAGUACCUGUAAUCAUAAUUUUUAUAAUAUUGUAUACAAUAAAAAUAUUUUCCUUACAUUUCAAAAUUUUCUAUUUAAUAAUAGUAUUGUAAUUUGAUUCAAUAAAAAACAAUUCAGUACUAAAAUAUUUUAUUAUACGGACACUUACAACUAUGAUAUCACAGUAUAAUAAUAUGUUACACUUUCACCACAAAGCAGUUAGCACAGUAUAUAGGCAAUAGGCAAUUUAAACAUUUGUAGUGAAAGUGAAAUGAAUGGUGAAAUGUUCUAUUAUUUCACCUUAGCUACUGAAAUAUUGGUUAUAAAAAAAAAAUUUAAAAGGCAAUUUGUCUUAAUGUGAUUGGUGGAUUAUCUCCAUCUCAG